GUUGUUUGUUUACAACCUGGGGACUUCCUGUCUGCUAGUAGCUUUGUCCACAAUAAGCUAAGUGGGUUAUCUAGUUAAACUUUACAAGACAGCUUUCAAGAUGGGAUGUGAUGGAGGAACGAUUCCCAAAAGACACGAGUUGGUGAAAGCCCCCAAAAAAGUCGAGAAGGUUGAUAAAAAUGCAGAGUUGGCUGCCAAAUGGAAAUACUGUGCCUUGAGCCAGGAGAAACUCAGACGCCCCAUUGUUUCCUGUGAACUGGGAAGGCUCUAUAACAAAGAUACUAUCAUUGAAUACCUUCUGGAUAAGUCUGCUGAGAGACCCAAUGCUGAGGCUGUAGCUCACAUCCGUGGGAUCAAGGAUAUAAAGGAACUGAACUUGACUGAUAACCCUGAGUGGGAGGGAGAGAGAAGAAAUUCUAAAGGAGACAGAUAUGAGGACAUCCACUGCGGCAUGUUCAUUUGCCCUGUUGUUGGGUUGGAGAUGAAUGGCAAGCACAGGUUCUGUUACCUGAAGAGCUGUGGCUGCGUCUUUUCUGACAGGGCCAUGAAGGAGGUCAAGACAGAAAUCUGCCACAAGUGUGGGGACCCGUUUAAAGAUGAGGAUAUCGUUGUGCUCAAUGGCAGCAAGGAGGAGGUGGAGAAGCUGAGGGAGAAGAUGGAAGAGAGGCGGAGCAAAGCCAAAGCUAGGAAGUCAAAGAAGAGCAAAGCAGCUGAGACUGUGUCCACACCUUCAGAAUCAAAAGAUGACACACAAUCUCCACAAGUGGAUGCAGCAGGGAGGAGCUCACUACAAAAUGGUGAUGAAAGCAGCCAGUCAGCUGUGGCCGGACCCUCCGGAUCCUCCAGCUCCUCUAAAGGCACCAAGUCUUCGACAACCUCUGCCACCACCAAGAGGUCCAUCCAGGACAUGGAGGAGAGGUCGGAGACCUUCAAAUCCCUGUUCACCACCCACAGCUCUGCCAAGCGCACCAAAGAGCAGACAUCCAACUGGGUCACCCACACCCCGUAUCACUUCUAGUAACUUAUCACUCGGAGCAAAGAUCACCAUUUUUAGAUUGCUCUAGAAAUUGCGACCCAUUAAAGACCCAUUACUGAUGAACCUAGUUCUACAUACCCAGUUCCAACACACAUAAAGACCCACACAGACACACACACACACACACACACACAUUACCCACGUGGCCUGUAAUAAUGUCACCAAUGUGUGGACUCAAUCCCAACUUGUCUCUUCAGUCCCCAGUACCUUAGUGUUUACAUGUUGUGAACAUUUUGUUAAUAGCUCCCCAAGCUGUUCAGACUCUUGUUUUGUAACCUAAUUCCUCCCCCAUGUAUUCCACAGCAUCUCUGUGUUCUCUGUCACAGGCGCUUUGAGAAUUGAUGCUAGGGUGACUUUGUUAUCUCUGUCACUCUGCUGCCUCCUAGUGGACAGAGUGCAGCUUUUUAAAGUGAUCUCUACAUGGUUUUAAACUAUGGAAGUGGUGUCAGAUCAUAUAUAGGCUUGAUUUCACUCUUCAGUUAAAGUGAGAAACUGCAAAAGCUCCACAUCUCUAAAACAGGUCCUACUAUGUUAUUCCUGUCUUGAGUAAUUAUUGUCUAUGAAUGAACACAUGUAGAUCAUUGAUUUGUGUCACCCCUUAUAAGCUCUAUCAGUAUGAGCUUGGCCAACAUUUCUUCUUUGUAGAAUAUAUUUAACAUGUUUAGCAGAGGACUUUCAAGUAUUUUGUGUGCGUUAUAUUGGUUAUUUAAUUUCUUGAAAAGUGGGGUAAAAAAAUGAGGUUAACAACAUAAAGACAGUUUAAAGCAUCGUAUUUAUUGAAGCUUCUGAUGCUUAUAAAUCAACAAAAGCGCACACAGUGCAAAAGACAAACAUAAGUAGUUGUAAUGUAACAGGACAACAGGAAAUGUACUGUUAGCUCAGUGCUCUUUACUCAGUCGAGCACCACAAGCUUCAAUAUUUUGUUUUUUUCCCAAACAAAGUGCUUCCAACUGUCUAUGUUUUUCUCCUUUUUGGAAGAUAUUUGACAUGAAAAAUAGCUGAAUUAUCAUAUUUUCUACACUCUUCUUCGGACAGUUGGGUUUUUUUUUUAAAGGCGAUUAAAAAUGUGUUCUUCCUGUUUGCAAUUGGACAGUUAUUUCAUUUUCUUUUUUUUCUUUGUUUUUGCAUGUAACGAGCAAAUGUCAAAAUAAAUUUCUAUUCAAUAUUA